AUGCUGCGGAAGCUGUCGGGAACCGCCGCCUUCUCCUCUCUUUCUAUGGGAACCCAACAGACCCUGGCCUUUUUUCAAAAGAGUCGCGCUACUGGUUUCGACAUUCCGACGGUGACGAAAUUGGGAAAGAAAACCCGUCCAGGACUGUUAGAAGAGUUCUCCAACUUGACAGGCCGCGCUCUGUACGACACCAUCGCGGCGCUCCCUUCCGAUACGCUGCCCCUGGGGGAUAAGCCGCUUCCCAGGUUGUUCCUAGAAUCUCAAACGCCGUCCAAUAAUCGUACUUUGGUAAUCUUGACUGGUGAUUUGCGAUGCGGCGAAAAGGCUUGGAGCACGUUGUACGAAAAUGUCUUGGACUUGAACCACGCGGACCUGGCGCUAUUCGUGCAGGUUCCCAGUCAGCUUGAGUACAAGAACGCGUCUCUGUUCGCACGGGCCCGCCACAUUGAGUGGAUUCCUCGGGGGGUCGAGGGGUACAGAGCUAGCGCGGCUAUUGUGCACAUGUUUCGAUAUUUUGUGGCGGAACGAAUUAAACGCAAUGGCUGGGAGCAGCAGUACGAUCGAUUCAUUGUAACUCGGACGGAUCAAUUCUAUAAGUGCCCUAUUGACUUGUCCAAGUUAGACCCCGAGAGUCUCUGGUUGGCGGAAGGUGAGGACUUUGGCGGCUACAACGACCGGUUUUACGUUGCGCCAUCCAGCUUGAUAAGGAAAACCUUGGAGGUGAUGCCGACCUUUGUGCGCAAACCCUACAUUUUUCAAAACGUCAUACCCGGCCGGAGUAUGAAUUCCGAAAAGGUACUGUAUCUGCUAUGGAGAGAGUUGGGUCUGGUUCCGUCUGUCAAGCGAUUCGUACGGACCUUUUUCACUUGUUCCAUGCCCAUGGAUUCGGCCCGGUGGUCCAAAGGUAUACGCAUGGUGGACGAGGGUGUGCACAUCAAGUACGAGCGGGAGUACGCCAACGCCAGCGGCGUUUCGUGUACAUGA